GGGGUUCGAACCCCGGCCGACGCACACCUGUUAUCGGUGGUCGGCCUGAUAAAUUUGGGCUACCGAUAUCCAUGCUGAAAAUUCCAUACUUGUACUGAAAAUACGGUGUGGCAUCGAGCUGUAAUCAAAAAUAUAAAAAAAAUAAUAAAAAUGUAAGCAUUUGUUUUUGGUGGGAUCGAAUUACUGAAGUGUAUUUUCAAAAGAUGUAGGCAUAUAUAUACAAAAGGCUUUUUGUGAGGCUUUCCCUAGUUAAAGCUACUGAUUUACUUCUGUUUAAGGGUUUUAAAUGACCUUACUGAGACGUGUAGUCUUAAGUAAUUUUCUGAGUAGCUGGAUCUCACAACGUCCCAUUUUUCUUUCUUUCCAGGGAUUUAUGUUAACUCAAAGAUUUGAACUGUUGAGUGACAUUAAGGCUGAGUGCUACAGUUACCAUUCGCAUGACUUUAUGCAAUAAAGAUGAAAAAUUGCAGCAUGAAUCAAAGUUUAACUAGUGCGUUUUAUGAGGAAGUUACGAGGUGUUUCACUUUUGAAGAAUGUCUCGAAAAUGUGGAUGAUCAAGUAAGACUUACAGACGGACUACAAAAUUUUAACUGCAAACAAUGUCUGGAGUCAUUACUGAAUACUUACACAUUUCCACCAAUACACUGGUUCCACAGUAGUUUAUAUGAAGCGUUCAUGGAGGCUUUAGAUAUAAAAGGCCGGAAACAUUCUACCGAAAAUUACAACCUAGAUGUACUUGAAGAUGAAGAUAUAAGUUAUGCAUUUGACCAUCAUUCGUUGGUAACAUCUCAGCUGCCUGACUCAUAUGAUGAUAUCGUUCAAACUGCCGAUGAAAUUAUUAAGGAGAUCGACAUACUAAUGAAUAAUGAAGAUAUCCCACUGUCAUUGUGCAGUAUGGUUCAGUCAGAAUGUGAACAACCGUUUGUAUCAGAAAAUAUCCGGAGCAGCUGGCUGCACGAAGAAGCCCUUCAAGAUCUUUCCCUCAAUGAGCUUAAUGCAGUUUUGGAAGAGCUAGAAUCAUGCGUACGGGAAUAUUCUGCAAUUCUUGUUCAGGAGCUGGCAUAUCGAGAGGAACUAGAUUUCGAACAAGAGCAGAAAGACAUAUUUAUUGCACGCCUAAAUGAAUUACAUCGACGUCUCGAGCGUAAGCGUCGUUUAAGUGUUCCACCUGAUAGUCAUUUGCAAAUGCUGUCAAAUUCUAUAAUGAUGAAAGAUUAUGGUGAGCAAUGUUCAGGCGUUGGUCAGAAUGCUGAAUCUGGAAGCAAAGCAUUAUCAUCGGGGGCUGUUCAGAAGGAAACUGCACAGUUUAUUUUGCGUGCACAAUCUGCAGCUCAGGCAGCGGUUGCUGCAACAUCAUGUGCUACAGUAGCCCUGAAAAGACAUUUUCAAAGAUUGAGUACGUUUUCAAAAGAUGUCGCAGCUACAGUGGCCAAACAACAGGAUACACGUGGUCUCAUCCACACACCAUCCAUUCUGGCAGAUAAAGACAACCGAACUUCAUAUUCAACAACUACGUCAGCUCGAGCCAUUGCUAUUUCUCGUCUUCGAAAAUGGGCUAGCAGAAAAUUAGAAGGAUCAUCAGAAAUGGGACAGACUAAUAGUUUCAGGGCUUUUCUCCGCCGUGGACGUCAACGGAAGGCAACAGCAACAAAUAUUUUUCUACGUAGCCGAGAAGCUCGUUCUGCUGUUACAAGCCCCACAUCAUCACAUUGCGAUUUUCUUACAAUACCUACGAAUUUAACACAUUCUGCUUCCGGUCAUUUGAUCGGACGACAUGAAACAGGUUCAGAUGACCUGGAAUACAAGUAUUUAACUACAUCGGUUCCCUAUCAUCGAUCUCCCUAUAACGAAGGACCUACUGUCAAUCAAUUGGAACUAUUCAACGACAUGCUUUUGGCUAUUCUUACAAAUAAUCCAAAUCUAACACCUAUGCUUACUGAUUACAUAUUAAAUGUUUACGCCCCAGCAGACCGUCGACUAUCAAAACUUCCUCUAUAAACCACAAAACCUGCUGAUCAUCAUUGGUUUUAUUAGCUAUCAAAAUAUGAAAAGCAUCUGGUCAUUUUCUAAAUAAUUUCGAAGUCGUUUCCUCUGUUUUUGUCUCUUCAGAGUGCUUCUCUUUCCUACGUAUAUACACAAACAGCCCAUAGCUUUUGGUUUUUAGCUCCAACUUUUUUCAGUCAUAAGCUUUGCUUAGUUGUAAUUUUCUUUCAAAUUGAUUUCUGCAUAAAAACUUUUUUUCUGUGUGCUUUACUUGUUAUCUUCACAAUUUUUGCAUAUUAUUCGAAGAACAGAUAAUUAUAAUGAAAACAUUAGGAGUAUAUUAACAACUUUACUGCUUAUGAAAACUAUUCAUCUCAAUAUAUGUCUGACUCUUUGUUAGGUCAUUUAAAACAUUCUAUUUCGUUAAUGUAGUGCAUAAUUGAUUUU